GCCGUUGCGUGCCAGCUACUCCCUCCACGCCCUCGCUUUUUACUCCCAAAUCGAAGCGCGGGUCGGUAAAAAAAAGGGAGCAAGUGGAUCGCGUAGAAGAAGCAACGAUCAGUGGUGGCCCUCGUCCGUGACGGAGACGGAGAGCGAGGAGGAGGCUGACAAGGUGGCGGAGAGGGAGGAUGAGCAGCCUGGCCAUUGUGGAGAAGAGGCCGGCGCCGUUCGUCGGCGCCGGCGGCGGCUGCGCGGGUGGCGUGCUGUUCCACCUCCUCGACUGGCACCGCCGCCUCGCCCGCAAGCGCCGCCUCUUCUCGCCGCGCCGCCUGCUCCCCUCCUCGCUCCGGUCUUCGCCACGCAGGCUCCCGUCCCCGCCUCCGGCACCGUCUCCUCCUCCCGCGCCUCGCUUGUCCUCCUCCGCCGCCGCCGAUGUCGCCGCUCCGGGCGUCGUCGCGCGCCUCAUGGGCCUCGAGUCGUGGCCCGCCGCGGCCUCUGUCGGCACGCCCCCGGCGAGGAGGCCGCCGAAGCAGAGGAAGGUGGAGGCGUCAGCGCCGCCGCGAGCCGACGAGUCAGACGUGGUCUUGGUGUUGCCUCCAAGCCAACGUCCGCCGGCGCUAUCGCCUCUGCUGCGGAGCCACCACGGCGCCGACCUGCCGGCGAGAAGCCCGAGGCGGAGCCGCCUCGUGCACGCCGCGGCGACCAAGCUGUUGGAGCCUGGCGCGCGCGCCACCUCGAUGGCCAGUGCCAGGCUGGCCCUCGCGUACGCCUGCUCCUCCCCGCAGCAUCGCAUGGAUGGCCAUUCCGAUGCAUUGCAAAGGUCAAGUAUUCCUGAUGAUUUCUUAACUCGCUCUGAUAGCCUGCCAUUAGAGCGUUCGUCCAGAUUGCAGCCUGUCGCGGUCCAGCCUCCUGUUCUUCCGGCGGAUACAGAAUGGGACAAUGCCGUUACUUCCGGUAGGCAUGACAAGCAUUCCAUUGACACAAUGAGCAGUUCUGAUGCUACAGACGUAGCAAGUGGCGAUGCAAUAGUUGUGCUAAGAUCGGAUUUUGAUGAUGCAAAUGCAAGCAGAGGUAGCUCUGGUGUAGACAAAGCCAUCCACAAGGCUCGUAAGGCAAGAACCGACAGAGUGAGUAAUUGUGCCGGAGUUAGAUCGAGUGGUGCUGGCGUUAGAACAGGAGAAGAGAGGCCAUUGCGCAAGCGAGGAACUCACUCUCUGCAAGAUGUUGCUGGGAACAUUGGAUCUCGGAGCAGGCUUAGCUCCACUCAUCGUUCCACUGGUAGCACCUACGAAAUGAUGUCUGGUAGUAGGAGACCUCCACACCAUGGUUCUGGUCAAAGAAGGGAUCUGAUGGGUACUGUCGGUUCACAAAGAAGCACUUGCAGGGAUGCAAUGGGUUCAAGCAAUCCACAAAGAAGCACUCGCAGAGGCUCGAUUGACCGGAGUGGAUUGGCAUCCACAACCACAAGUAGGAAUACAGUUAAUACGGCAUCUGGGCCAAAAAGGGGAUCACGGAAGAAAGUUGGCCGUGACACUGCACUCAGUAACAGAGAAAUUAAUAAGCCAGUUGCAUUUGCAUCUAGUUCAUCAGUGAGCCCAGUGACAAGAGCUUCAUCACAAAGCAAAUUUUCAGAAAAGAAAGGGUGCAGAAGAACACAUGUUAUUAGUACCAGCAGUACAAGAAUGCCGGUAGUUGAAUCUUCACCUUCUGUUGCGGGUAGUUCUGAGAAAGAGGAGUUUAGCAGGUUAUUGAAAGCAAAAAUUAAUGAGCUUGGUUUGUCUAAUAGGAUUGAAUCAAGUGAUGCUCUUUCAGGAAAAUUAACUGCAUCGGUGCUUCAAGAGCUAAUUUCUGCCCUAACUAACGAUACAGCCACUUCAGACUCUCAAUAUAGCAACUAUUCCAACGCAUACAAUUCUCAGCACAAUAACCACUCUGAUGCAGCAGAUCUUCUAAACAAUGACAGGAGUGCAUGCCAUUUCAAUGAUCGAUCACCUGACUUUCAGAGUUGUUAUCAGAGGGACCGAGAGGUUGAUUCUUCUUCUACUUGCAUGAACAACGAGCCCAACCAGCCAAGCCCAACAUCAGUCCUCGAAGCAUGCUUCCCUAAUGAUACUUCAUCCUCAGGAAGUCCAACAGAAAAAGAUGAGGGUAAAGAAUAUUUUGUGUCGAUUGAAAACAAAAUGGAAGAUCUCUUUAAUUUGGAAUCCGACAUUGUGGACUUGGCAACAAAGACUGAUGCUGAAGAAAUAUUUCAUGGAAGUGGUAAAAUGUCUUCUGUACAUAAUUUGACAACACAUGAUUUCAAGCUGUUAGAAACCAGGCUCCACAGUAUUGGCGAAGCCAUUUUGAAUGCUGAACUGCUGUUAGGCAGUAGCCAUUUGUGUACCGUGGCAUCACUCCAUUGUUUCAUCUUUGAAAUGCUUGAAGCUAUCAUGGAUUUAUUUGGUACGUCGAAGAGUCUAGGUCUCACAGAAGAAAAGAAGUAUCAACAAACCAACUUCAUAUUCGACUGCAUUAUCGAAUCAAUGAAUUCAAAAUUCUGCGAUUUCGGUAAAUGUGGAUACAAGGCAUGGUUGAGACUGCCUCUCAGUUUGACUGAAGAUCUGUUGAAGAGGGAGAUAUCAAAGGAGAUCUGCAAUUGGAGGGAAACUAGAGAGACUACUCCCAAUCGAGUUGCUGAGAAAGAGUUGGAUCAAAUGGCUGCCAGGUGGGAUGCAUGUCAAGUGGAAGCAUUUGAUAUUAGCAUUGCAAUUGAGCGUGACAUUCUUGAAGCUCUUGUUGAUGAGUUUGCAAUUGACCAAUGGUGAAUGGCGUUCCAGUUGAUGUAAGGUCUGGACAACUUCAGACUUCUGGCUCACAUGAUGGUCACCUAUAAAUAGCACCCUGCUGAUAUGUUUGUAUUCCUCUCAAGAAAAUUUUGUACAGACUCGUGUAAUAUCGUAGCGUUUCUCAGUUUUUUUCCCUGUGUUUCAACCCGUUGUAACCCUCCUGGCCCUUGACUCAAUAAAGUUGAACUUGGAGGACCCCCCCCCUCCCCAUCUUUUUACUUGUUUAUACUGAUAAUUUGAACUUUGGAGUCAA